AUGCCAAAAAAGAAAUCUACAUUACGAUCUGAUGUAACAUUAAGCAUCGAUCAGCAAAAACUCUUUAAGCCUUCACAACCAAAACAAUCUUUACGACAUAGAAAAGAAGAAAAUGCUUCUGAAGUGCUCCAAGAGAUGAUUGCAAACUCUGAUUAUGACAAUGCCCUGAAAUUAUUCAAGGCUCUACUAGAAAGCUCACGUUUCAAUAUUGGUAGUUUAUGGGAGACAGGCGUUGAGUUAAUCGGCACAGUUGAACCCGCAAAACUCACUGAUUAUUUACAUGGAGUUUAUAUUUGUUCUCAAGGAAAAACGCGUUUGGCUGUAUUUCAUGCAUAUAUUGAUAACUUGAUGCUUGAGAAACGAUGGCAAGAAGCCCUUGAUGAGCUUGAACUACGACGUGACUCACCCAAAUACCAAACUGCAGCACUCUUGGAUAAAAUAUCAACUUGUAAAAAGCAAUUAGGCAAAUAG